AUGCCACAGCUGCGUAACCAUAAAAAUCAAAUACUAUUGCACUAUGUGCAAAGGAUGCUGGAUCCACUGGAGAAACAAACAAAAAAAAAUUGGCGCUCUAUUGGGCAAAUCUUGAAUGUUUCAGAAGAAGACUUGGACCUGAUAGACACUGAUUAUGGAGCAGGAAGAAGUCCUACAGUUAGUCUUAUUGAUACAUUGAGCACCUUUACAAUAGUACCCUCUAUGAGAAGCUUUGUAGAAGCUCUUGUUGCUUGCAACAGGUAUAAUGUGGCCAUUAAUAUUUGCAACUGGUCAUGGGAAUUACGUACUGCGCAAUGA